AUGGCCAAAGUGCAGGUGCUAAACGUGUCUGUUCUGGAUAACCCCAGUCCUUUUGGAAACCCGUUUCAAUUCGAAAUCACGUUUGAAUGUAUGGAGGACCUACCUGAAGAUCUGGAGUGGAAGAUCAUAUACGUGGGCUCUGCGGAGAGUGAGGAGUACGACCAGGUCCUGGACUCGGUUCUGGUCGGCCCAGUUCCUGCAGGCAGGCAUAUGUUUGUGUUUCAGGCGGACGCUCCAAACACAGGGCUGAUCCCCGAGAGCGAUGCGGUGGGCGUGACCGUCGUGCUGAUCACAUGCACCUAUCGCGGACAGGAAUUCAUUCGCAUCGGUUACUAUGUAAACAAUGAGUACACAGACCCUGAGCUGCGGGAAAACCCACCUGUCAAACCCAACUAUACAUUUAAUAAGGCUGUUGCUGUCAGUAUUGUUUUUGGAAAUUAGGCUACAUUCAAAUACAAUGGUCUCGUUUCAAAAGCAUUGGUCAAUAUGCUUGCGUCGACUUUACUGUAGCCUAUGUGCCCUGCUUCCUUUCCGUGAGUUUUGACCGAAAAAUGGAAAAUAUCAAGCGCUUCCGUUUCAAAGUCCCUGUUUCAUGUUUGUUAGCCCAGGAUAUUUUACAAAUCCAGACCAAA